GGGCCGGAGCCGGGCGGGGGCUGCGCCGCCAUGGGGGGGCAGGUGACGAGAAGCAUGCUCUACGAUUCCAUUGGUGGGUCGUUUUCAACUUCCUCCCACAGAUGCCACCACAAGCAGAAGCACUGUCUCCCCAUCUCACAGUGUGGAACUCUGUCCAUCAGCCCUCUGCUUUUCCAUCCUCACACGAAGGGAUCCCAGAUCAUCAUGGACACAACACAGAAGGCGGUGAAGCGCCAGGCUAGCUUCUGCAAUGCCAUUACCUUCAGCAACAGGCCCAUUGUUAUUUAUGAACAAGUCAGGCUUAAGAUCACUAAAAAACAGUGUUGCUGGAGUGGGGCUCUUCGACUUGGCUUUACUUCCAAGGAUCCAUCGAGGAUUAACCCUGAGACUCUGCCGAAGUAUGCAUGCCCUGACUUGGUUUCCCAAAGUGGGUUUUGGGCCAAGGCUCUGCCAGAAGAGUUUGCAAAUGAGGGAAACAUCAUAGCCUUCUGGGUGGACAAGAAGGGACGGGUUUUCUAUCGGGUGAACGACUCCACUGCGAUGCUCUUCUUCAGUGGGGUGAGGACGGCAGAGCCCCUCUGGGCUUUGAUCGAUGUCUAUGGACUCACCCGUGGAGUGCAGCUCUUAGACAGUGAAAUCAUCCCUCCUGACUGCCUGCGGCCACGCUCCUUCACUGCCAUCCGCCGGCCCUCGCUGCGGCGGGACACAGAGGACACGCGUCUCUCAGUCAGCCUGUGUGACCUCAACCUGCAGGAGGAGACCUUCCACGUGACAGCCACCACGUGUCCUAUCCCACAGAACUCCCUCAACUCCCAGCACUCCCACCUCCUCCCCUCCCAGCUGGAAAGCGACCUCCGCUUCCACCACCUCCGGGGACCCCAUGUCAAAAUCCUCGAUGACCAAACUGUGGCCCGUCUGGAGCACGCCCGGGAGGAGAGGACUUUGGUUUUCACCAGCAGGCCCCUUCGGAUCAAUGAAACCAUUUUCGUCAAAAUCAACAAGUCCAACGCUGUGCGCACAGGGACGCUCUCCUACGGGGUGACGUCCUGCGACCCCAGCACCUUGCGCCCCAGUGACCUCCCCUAUAACCCCGAGUCUCUGGUUGACCGAAAGGAGUUCUGGGCCAUCUGCCGAGUGGUGGUGCCUCUCCAGAGCGGAGACAUCCUGGGAUUUACGAUGAAUUCAGAUGGUGAGCUGCACUUGAGUCACAACGGUGCCGGCAUUGGCAUACAGCUCUGUGCAGACUGUUCCCAGCCCCUCUGGAUGUUCUUCGUUUUACAUGGAGCAAUCAUGCAAAUUCGAUUGCUAGGUUCCACCAUAUUAGCAGAACGGCUGGGAUUGUCCACACCAAGCUCACCCACAUCAACACCCAAUUCCCCCACCGUCCUCUGCAGUGGUGUCUCUGGCCCCUUAUUGUCUACAUGUGGCUCUGGCCCCCUCUGCAGCUCUAUCAGUGGCACAGCUCCCAACUCUCCAAGCAGCUUGCCUGAGUCACCGAUUUUCUCAUCCGUCUCAGGGCCCUGGGUAGAUGAAUGCACCAUCUGCUAUGAGAACAUGGUAGACACAGUCAUUUACUCCUGUGGACACAUGUGUCUCUGCUAUUCAUGUGGGCUGAAGCUCAAGAAGAUGGCCAAUGCUUGCUGCCCCAUUUGCAGACGGGCCAUCAAAGAUAUCAUCAAAACAUACCGCAGCACUUAGAGCAACAGCAGAUGCUGUGGUGGGGGACUGGGCAGGUCAGGAGGAGGCCAUGAAACAGCACAGGUCUUGGUCUCUAUUUAUCACCCAGGAGAUUCAAAAACUGUCACUCAUCAUCACCCUGAUCCCCUCUUCCACGGACAGCAGAUGAGACAAGCUUACGUGCUGCUCGUAUACCCUCCAAUCAAGCCCUGGGGCUGAACUCCAGUGUGUCAGGGAAGUUGCGAUGGAUUACUCUCCCUUGUGGAUUUUCAACUUUAUCUCAAAAAAAGCCAGCUGGUGCAAUCAUCCCUUUUCUACACCGUGCACAGCAGAGGGGAGUCUCCACUGUUUAGCAAGUACAGCAAGUGGUAAAAGGUUCAGUGCUACACAUCUCCUUCUAGAGGCACCCCACGUGCAGAGACAGCAGAAGAGAAGAAACAACCAACAUGUUUGUGUACAGCCAGCCUGACCAUAGGAGGCCCCUUAGGAAGGAUGGAGCAAGGCAAGCUUUGAACCAGUGAGGGAGGUGCAGUGAGCACACUCACAGCAGAAAGGCUGUGCAAGAAAGGAACCCAAGAUUUGUGAAGCAAAGCCC